GUACAAUAAACAAUUUCGGAAUGUUGAAUAUUAUUAACGACGCAUUUUCAGGCAAGACACAGAUAUAAAGAAAUAUUAUUACCUUAACCUGCCUUAAAUAAAGAAGAACGAACUGUAUAUAAAAAAAAACGCUAUAGAUUUGGUUUGAUCGUUAGCAUUCAGGAAAAAAAAAAUGUUCACAGCUCCUCCUCCAAUGGAUUUCUCUGUCGACAUGAGCUGUGAGAUAAAAGUGAACAAAACCUGCGAGCUUUGCCAUCGAAAAGUGACUGAAGUUAUGCAGUCUCUCACCGGAUAUUACUCUGUGACUUAUCUUGACGCAAACAACACAAUUAAGCUCAAGGCCAGAGCUAACCCUAAUGUGAUUAUGUGGCUCAAUCACAAGUACGGCAAUCACGGCAAAUUCGCCAGCUUCCAUAUGGACGGCGAACCGGUCACCCCUCAACCUGGUGGCGGUUAUUACGGUCCUUCAGGCUAUAAUAACCUUCCUUCCAACGCCCCCGUUUAUUAUCCAUAUCCUUCUCAGCCGCCUCAGUUUCUAGGCGGGAACUAUGGUUACCCUAUGCCGAAUCCUCCACCACCACCACCACCACAGAAGGAGGCUCCACAGGGGAUUUAUAAGCAGCAUACAGCGCCGCCGUCUUAUGCUAUGCAGCCGCCACCGCCGAUGCCUUUGUCUAGUUACUCUUACAUUGAACCUCCUUACUGGCCGACGAGUCGGAGGUAAGUGAUUAUGCGAUGCGUGACGAACAAGGAACCUUUUUAUUUGUCUCAAAAGACGCGUUUUGGUUUAUUAUAUUCUUGAUCAUCGCUGUUUUUUUAAUGCGAUUGCGUUAUAGACGCGAAUUCUGAUUUUGUUUACUUUUGUUUGACCAACAGUUAUAAAAGACAAAUUAAUU